GACCCGUGCUCUGAAUUUUCCGAACCGUGAAUUUUCGGAGCUCCAGUCUCGCCCAGCAUGGCUGCGUCUAAAGCUUCCGCAAUGCCUACGGGCGUCAAACCCAAGAACAAGCUCCGCCGCCAGUCCGCCUAUACGGCCCUCAAAAAAUCCAAAGAGGCUGAGAAGCGUGACGCGCGAUUUCGUCGUAAGCGGGAGGAAGAAAAAGACCCCUCACUCCGCGAGGAGCGGCGAGCUAGAAAUGUCCCUGUGACGAUCGAUGCGAAGAGAACAUGGGAUGGAGGCGUAGGUGACGAGGAGGAUGCGUUGGGGUGGGCUGUCGAUGUGGAGCGACUGGCGAAGAAGAGGAAGCUGGGCGAGGAAGAACAGGGGGCGCGUGAAGAGGAGGGCAUAUUGGCUAAGUUGAAGAAACUAAACGCGGAGGGCGACGGCGACGGCGACAGCGAAGUUGAACAACAAGAGCAGGAUGAGGAGGCAGACAGCAUGUUAGACUCCGAUUCCGAUGUAGAUGACGAUAUCUCAGACUCAGACACCGCAACAUCAACGCCUAGACGCAGUUCUGAUCCCCCAAAACGAGCCUCCAGCCCGGCCACAUCCACAGCAACUAACCUCGAGCUCUCCCCUGAGUUCCUCAAACAAAAAUUCCCAACCCUCUUCCAACCCCCCGCCGAACCCAAGAUCCUCGUCACCACCUCCCUGAACUCCACCCUCCAUCACGAAGCCCACAUCCUAACCUCUCUCCUCCCCAAUAGCACCUACAUCCGCCGCAGCGCCCACGCGCAUGCGCACAAAUACUCCGUCCGAGAAAUCGCACAGUUCGCCUCAAAUCGGUCCUACACAACUCUUAUCAUCCUCAUGGAAGACCAAAAGCGACCCUCUGGUCUCGAUAUCGUACACCUUCCAUCAGGCCCGCACUUCCACUUCACCAUCACCAACUGGGUCGAAGGCAAAAAACUCCCCGGCCACGGUAACCCCACCGGUCACAUCCCAGAACUCAUCCUCAACAACUUCCGUACUCCGCUCGGCCUCCUAACUGCACACCUCUUCCAAUCCCUGUACCCCACCUCUCCUGAAAUCGAAGGCCGGACUGUCGUUACUCUUCACAACCAGCGCGACUACAUAUUCGUGCGUCGGCACCGCUACAUAUUCCGGGACAAGCGCGAAUCCGAGAAAAGUAUCGUAGGGACAGACGGCAAGGCGGUGAAGGGGGUUGAAGACAUCCGAACAGGGCUACAGGAACUCGGACCCCGGUUUACGUUGAAGUUGCGGCGAGUAGAUAGAGGUGUGCAAUGGAAGAGUGGGCAAGAAUGGGAAUGGAAGAGUAAGAUGGAGAAGCAGAGGACGAGGUUUAAUAUGUAAAACUUUGCAGUAGGUGCAAGACUAGGUUUACGAUUUCUAUGAGAUUAGAUUAGGGCGAGGAAGACCUAGGUUUCAAGAGAAGGAGGAUUGAUAAUACAACAGACACUGCGUCUAUG